AUGGGGUCACUUGACGAACUAAUGAACAGAGUUGCAAAGCAAUUAAAGGAAAUCAGCGAAAAAGACGAAUUGGUGACGGAAGGAAUUCAAAAAUUGGAUAAAUGUUGUCUUAAAGUGAAAAGGCAUCGAGUUGAUAUGCAGAAUGUGACGGAAGAACUCCGCGAAGAGAUGACCGCCGAGCAACAAAACCGUGACUUGUUAACAUACGAAUCGGAGAAAUUUGCGGACAAAAAGCGUCGAUUCGCCGAGAAAAACGAUCAAAUGGGCAGUCUCGUCAAGAAUCUGACAGUUAAUUUUAAUGAAAAUCUUAUGGAAAUGAUGGUUGCUGAUAAGAAGAAAAUAAAGGAGAUGGAGGAGACACGGAGUGUGAUGAGCGAGAAAAUUCAGAAGAAAUUGUAA